UUUCUCUUUUUUCCCUUUUUUUUUUUUGUUAUUAUAUAAUAUCAUUAUAUCGUCUAUUGGAUACUUCUAUUAUACAACAUGAGUGGGAUUAUCUAUAGCUUUGAGGCUUUAAAAUUUAAUGGAAUCUGUAGAACUAUUGCCAUCAGUUUAUGUCCAUUGAUUGGCCAGACCGACGGAAUCGAACCAGUUUGUUAUUCUCGUAACGUUGAAUUAAGUGGAAAUAUCAUCUUCCAACCAUCCACUUUGAUUAUUGAUGUUGUUGCUAUUAUUAUGACAAUGAUCAUGAUUUACCAUAUUCGCUCAAAAUAUACUGCUGUCGGUCGACAAGAAAUCGUGAUGUUCUUCUACAUGUAUAUGUUUAGUACAUUGCUUGACAUGUUAUUAGUUACUGGUAUUAUUCCCACAUCUUCCGUUGUAUAUCCUUGGUUUACUGCUAUUCAUAUUGGUUUACAAUGUUCAACAUAUUGGUGCUUGUUAUUAAAUGGUUUUGUUGGUUUCCAGUUUGCUGAAGAUGGUACUCCCUUGUCUCUUUGGUCCAUUCGUAUUAGUUCAUUUGUUUGGUUCCUUAUUGCUGGUUUCCUUGCUAUUGGUACCUUUAAGGGUGUUGCUGGUCUUUCGUAUGAAAAUCAAGCAGGAUUAUGGAUCUUCUAUAUCGUUUUGAACUAUUUCAUGUUCUUUGUCUAUGUUGUGUCACAAAUCAUUCUUGUCGUCAACACUUUAGAUGACCGUUGGCCUCUUGGUGACAUUUUAUUUGCAGCAGCCUUUUUCACCAUCGGCCAAGUUUUGAUGUAUGUAUUCUCUGUAUUUAUUUGUGAUAACACCAAGCAUUACGUGGAUGGUUUGUUUUUUGGUGCUAUUUGUAACCUUUUGACUGUCAUGAUGAUCUACAAGUACUGGGACUCCAUCACUAAGGAAGAUCUUGAGUUUUCAGUUGGUUCCAAGCAAAAUGUCUGGGAAGUAAAGGAGUUAUUGGGUGAAGACGAAUUAAGUCAAAAUUACGCCAAUUAUCAAGCCGCUCCCACCACACCUCAACAUUAUCAACCUUACGAACAACAUCCAUUUUAAAAUAGAUCCUUUUCUUACUCUUUUUUUUUCUGCAUCACACACAUACAUAAUACCAUUUCAACUAAAAAAAAACAAAAAAAAAACAAAAAACAAAAAAAUUGAAAAUAAAAACACACAAAAAAAAAACUGCUG